AAGUGAAACAUGUGAUGAUAAAAGAGGCAUAACACAGACGCUCAAGAUAGCAGCUGCCAACACACAGAGACAGGGCACAAGGAAACAGAGACUUCAACAGAAAGAGAGAAAGAGAGACAGACCAAAAAACAAUGGCUUCCAUGGCUUACCCAACAAGCUCCUCCUAUAACUACAAGAAUUACAACAAAGCUUACAGAAGUUUCACCACUCCCCAUAUCCUAGUUUCUCAGCGGCAGCAGCAAAAUGACCAAAAACCCAGUGACCCAAUUGGUCGAAGGGAAAUAAUACUAAGGAGUAGCGAAUUGGCAAUGGUAGGAGCCAUCUUCAACUUGAGUGGAAAAAAGCCAGAUUAUCUUGGGGUGCAGAAAAAUCAACAGGCUUUGGCACUUUGUCCAGCUACUAAGAAUUGCAUAUCUACCUCUGAGAAUGUCUCUGACCUUACCCAUUAUGCCCCACCUUGGAACUACAACGGGGGUAGGAAGAAGCCAGUCAACAGAGAAGUGGCUAUGGAGGAACUUCUCCAAGUGAUUAAAUCAACAAAGCCGGACAAGUUCACACCGCGGAUUAUGGAGAACAAAAAUGAUUAUGUGCGAGUGGAAUACCAAGGUCCCAUCCUAGGGUUUGUGGAUGAUGUUGAGUUUUGGUUCCCACCGGGCAAAGACUCAAUAGUGGAGUAUCGAUCUGCAUCCCGGUUAGGGAGCUUUGAUUUUGACUUUAAUAGAAAGAGAAUCAAGGCGUUGCGGCAAGAGUUAGAGAAGAAAGGUUGGGCUUCCAAGGACAGCUUUUGAGAGACACUUUGCUGUUAUGCAAUAAGAUCACAUGUAAUCAAACAUUGGCUCAGUGGUCAUGCAGAUAGAUCAAAAUUGAACCCAGAUUUUCAAAUUAGGCAACUGCAAUCAUUUAAUGAUUUUUGUAUCGACGUUAGUCGGCUAACAGAUCUUGCUUGCAGCUUGAAGGCAAACUAGAAACAAGUCUUGAGUAAAGUGUGUUGGUUCAAGAAAAAAAACUCAUCUCAAUCAUAUUAAACAUUGGAUUUAACUUGUACACAACUCAGUAGAGAUUCUUAAAAUCCAAAUAUUGAUAUUGGAGAUACA